AUGAAUGGUGCGAGGAGACGACCGCAGCGGCCAUGCGAUAACUGUCGCCGCAGAAGGAUUCGGUGCCUAUUUGGCUCGGAAGCGGCAGCAGACUGCGUCUUGUGUGUCUCUCGGAACACCCAAUGCACAUACGUACAGAGUGCGCCCAGCAAGAAACGAGCGGGUCCUGUCGCAGAGGUGCCAGUCGAUGAUAAUGGUCGCCAGAGACCAUCAAUCUUAGGGAGAGCUGAUUCAGAUGAGCAUUAUUCAACGAGUCCUACGACGCUGCCCACCAACAGCCUCUUGGCCCAGACCCUCGGUCAUCAAAAUCGACAGACGAUCGAAGUCGUCGGCUCAUCGGGGAACUUCGACAUUAGCUUGGCGAAGCAAUCUGGUCUAGGUCUGAAGCCGCCACAGACCCUUCGAUACGCUGACCAUGACACAAUCUUCGUCCUGACGCCAGACAGGCCGGAUCAGAUAGCUUCAGACUUCGCAGACCUCGACGAGAUUGAGGACUGCAUAAAACCGUAUGGCGCCCAGCUCGUGGCGCUAUACUUUCGCAUUGUACACCCGAGUUUCCCCAUUCUCCACAAGAACGUCUUCCUGGAGAAGCAUGGUAGAAGCUAUCGGGAGAGCACGCCCAUAGGACUUGGUGCUGUCUAUGUGAUGGCCCUGAAUUGGUGGUCGUAUAGCUAUGAGCUCGCUGACUUGCCCAAGCCGAAUGCCGAAGUUCUGGAGACAAAGGUCCAGCGAAUGCUCUUCAAUGCUCAUAAGAGGCCCAAGAUCUCGGACCUUCAGGGCGGUCUGGUUCUGAUGCAAUCUCCUGCCGCUGCCACUUGGGCCAUAACUGGCCUGCUUCUAGCUAUGUCGCAGAAUCUUGGUGCCGACUGGGAAAGAGGAGUUCGCAAAAGGGUUGCAUGGGCUAUGUACAUGCAAGACAAAUGGGCAGCCCUGAUCCAUGGACGUGGAUCUCACAUCAAGGACGACGAUUUUGACGUUCCAACGCUUUCGGGUACGGACUUUCCCGAGACCGCCAUUGAUGACAACGACGAAGAGGGAAGUGCAGCAAUCGAGCAGGGCAAGCAGACCUUCAUGUACAUGGUCACGCUAACGAAGAUUGUCGCUCGCAUCUUGGAUCAGUUCUUCACGCUGAAGGUUGCAAAACAUCCCCUGCAUUUGCAGGCCGCGCUGGAGCAAGCGAAGCCGUUGCAGCUAGAGCUGAAAGCCUGGUACACCAGCAUCCCUAAUUCUUUAUCCGUCGAAGAAACAGUAUCGAGGAAGCUCUCCUCGGUUGGCUACCUGCACCUUGCCUACUACACCGCUGAGGUGACACUCCAUCGUGCCAUUUUGCGCGCCUGCGCUUACUCCCAGGACCGGCCAGAUCUGAUAGCCGUCGCCCGAAAAGCCGCUAAUGACAGAUUCGAUGCUGCCUUGGCGUUUGUAGGUCGUCUCAAGGGAGAGCACCUGCAGAGCUUCUGGUACUUCUCGUCAAGCGCCGGCUUGGCAAUCAUUGGCCUUCUCGCCGCAAUCCUACAGGCAACGGCCCUUACGCUCGAAGAGCAAGAGAUGUACAGAAAGCGGCUCGCGGAAUAUCGUUGGGCGCUGCGUAUCAAUGCCAAGAGUACCGAGCUUUUCAGCGCAGCAAUUACGCUACUUGAUUCACGGACGCACAUGCUUGACAAGAGCGCCAGUCAGAAGCACGUCACAUCAGGCAGUGUUACGUCCCCAGACACUAUGAUCUCACCGGAUCAGCAAGAACAAACGCAGGAGCUCGACGAUAUAGCCGAUAUGGCUAUGCCCGACCAAUUGCCGAACAACGUCACGAGCGACACGUGGACAGAGGACUACUAUGAUUUCAACACUCCAUAUACAGCAGAAGUAGGUUGGGCUGAUCUGGCUGCUUAUGCACCAGCUCAGGAAUGA